AUGGCGCAGUCAAGAUUCCUAGGAAAACCGGCUGAGUUUCAAGCUGGAACUGACAGCGUAGACGAAUAUGUCGAUCGAUUCAAGUUGUAUUGCACCGCAAACGACGUAGCUGACAACGACAAGCAGCGGGCAAUAUUCUUAGCUACGGUAGGCGCAACGGCAUACAGGCUGUUAUGCAACCUAACCAAACCGGGGAAGCCGCAGGACAAGACGCUUGAUAAACGAACUGAACUCAUGAGGAAUCACUGCGAAUCCAAGACUAUAUCGUCAUCGCAGAAAGGUUCCGAUUUUAUGAGCGAGUCCAGAAGGAAGGCGAAAACGUUGCCUCCUAUCUUGCGGAACUACGACGUUUUCCAACGUAAAAGGCCACAUUGCAAAGACAUGUCGCAAGAAAAAGCAAAGCGAAAAGGAAACGUUCCAAGGCACGCGAAAGGCGGGCAAAGAACGCACCACAUCGAGGAAGCGGAGGUGAGUAUCGUUCACACGCUGUCGGAUACUAAGGGCGGUCCUAAACUAACAUUAGAAGUGGUGGGGUGUGACCUAGAGUUAGAUGUGGAUACUGGAGCAUCUGUGACCGUGUUACCGCACCAUGUUUACAGUCAGUAUUUGAAGCAUGUACAGUUACAGAAGAGUAAGAUUGCACUGCGAUCAUACAGUGGUCAACCGUUAGUUAGGCGUAGUGGGCGAGUCAACCGUGCCAGUCCGAUACGGCAAUCGACACACAAUGGGACGAAUCAAUACUGGCAGUCUCUGUUUAUGGUGCAAGACAACCCAACUGACGUGAUUUCGGAAUUUCGUGAGCUAUUCCAAUUGGACAUUGGAAAAUUACUCGGAUACCAAGCGAAUAUCACGCCACAGAAAGGUGCAAUUCCUAGGUUUCACGUACCUGUGCCGUACGCUUUACAGAAGGUCCAGGAGGAGUUGGGCAAACUUCAGAAUGAAGGGAUAUUGAAACCGGUUGACCAUAGUGAUUGGGCAGCACCAAUAGUCGUUGUAAGACGGGGAGAUGGAUCUCUAAGAAUCUGCGGUGACUACAAAGUGACAGUCAACCCGUAUUUGGAGAUGAACGCAUACCCAUUACCAAAUCCACAGGACCUAUUUGCCACGUUAGCCGGGGGUAGAUACUUCUCAAAGUUAGACAUGAAACAGGCUUACCUACAAAUAAAAGUAUCACCUCAGAGCCAAAAGCAUUUGACCAUCAAUACGUCAAAAGGCCUCUUUGCAUAUACUCGUAUGCCAUUCGGAAUCAGUUCUGCGCCAGCUAUAUGGCAACGUGCUAAAUGGCAAAGUGCUAUGGACGGAAUCUUAUCCGGAAUUUCCGGAGUUGGCUGUUUUUAG